AUGUCGUCGGAUACGCGACCACCAGCGGAUACCCAGGCCAAAGAGCCAACGGUGUCUUCCGCUCCUGACGGCAUCAGUCGCGACAAUGGGGUCCAUCAACCGGCUCAAGGCGAGCCCGAGGCAUCAUCUGACUCCAACUGGGACUACGAGGAGGACGAAAUUGAGCCCGAACUUCACGCCCGAACCUACCUAGCUCUGGCCGCCAUGUUCCUUCUGAACCUGGUUCAGCUCAUUGCUCUGCAAGGUCCGCCGACAGUUCUGACUUCCAUUGGCCGUGACCUACAUAACCCGGAGAGGCAGGCGUGGGUGCCCACGUCUCUAUCUCUGGUACAAGCUGUCAUCGGGCCGGUCAUUUCGUUCGCAUCAGACACUUUUCAGGCCAGAAAACCCAUCCUGGUUUGGACUUCUGUCAUAUCCUUCGUCGGCUGCGCCAUAGCGCCGGGCUCUAAGGACAUCUACCGGCUCAUUGCCGCCCAAACACUCAUCGGCUUCGGGUUUGCCAGCGUCCCCUUGGCGUACUGCGUGCCGAGUGAGAUUCUUCCGCGACGAUGGCGACCAAUGGCUCAGUCUGCGAUGAACGUCGCCGCUUCAGUUGGAGCCUGUGGAGGACCCCUUGUCAUUGGUGCCUUGACGAAGCGGGACGAACAGAGCGGGUGGAGGAUGUUUUAUUGGUUUCAAAUGGCAAUCUGGGGUCUCACCGCCGCUGGUAUCCAGUUUGGCUAUCAGCCACCGAAACGUCAUACCCACUUGGAUCAACUGUCCCUCUGGCAAAAGCUUGCGCGGCUGGACCUCGCCGGUACCGCUCUGUUCACCACAGGGUUGACCUUGUUCCUGGUGGGACUCAACCUGGGAGGCGAGCUGUUUCCGUGGACUGCGGCGCCACCUCUGGCAACUCUGGUCACAGGCAUCGCCGUGUUGAUCGGGUUUGCUGUUUAUGAGUGGAAAGGGAUUAGCACCGGCAUCCUUCACCACAAUCUUUUUGGUCGCGGGAGAGAGCGUGGUCAAACAUUCUCCAUUUGCGUUGGACUCAUCUUCAUUGAGGCAGUCCUACUCUUCUCGUAUAUACUCUUUUACCCCGUCAUGACCACGAUGCUCUUCGAAACCGAUCCGAUGCUGAUGGUUGUCCGUCUUCUACCCUUUUGGAUUGCCAGCGCCGCAAGCACCCUGGUCUUCGGAUUUGCAAGCAUGCGGAUGAGAACAAUCCGCUCACCAUUGUUUGUCGGCUGGCUGCUCUGGACUGGCGGAACUAUUGGUUUCGCCACCAUUCAACCAGGUCACUCUACGCGCGCGAUCAUAUUCGCGACCUUGUCCGGCUUUGGAUUCGGCGCGCCGCUGAUUCUCAUCGUCGCUGGAGUCCAACUCUCGACGCCCCAUCACCUCAUCGCUACGGCUACCGCCGUGACCACGAGCGCCCGUGCGGUAGGCGCGACGGUAUUUACGUCCAUCUACGCGGCUGCCUUGGCGAAGCGUCUCGGCUCCUACAUCCCCGGGUAUGUUGCGAAAGCUGUCACUCAAGCUGGGCUUCCUGCGACGUCUAUCGGCCCUUUCAUUGAGGCGCUCAGCGAGUCGCCCGCCAAACUGCAGGCAGUUCAAGGAGUUACACCGGCCAUCAUCAGCGCUGGAUCUCUAGCCUACAAGCAGGCAUACGCAGACGGGCUGCGUGUUGUCUAUAUAAUCGCGGCUCCCUUUGGAGUGUUGGCUUGUGUGGGGUGCUUCUUCUUGGGCGAUAUGAGAAAGACGAUGAACUACCAUGUGGACGCUCCGGUAGAGAAGCUCGUGGCGAGGGCGCGCCCGGGAAAGGAGCAUGAAAGCGCUUAA